AUGCCGCAGGGGAUGCCUGGGAUGGCCGGCAUGGGCCCUAUGGUGGGCAUGGGAGGUAUGGGAGGCAUGGGGCCGGGCCCAGGAGGAAUGAUGGGGGGAAUGGGACCUCGACCAGGGAUGCCGCCGCAGCAGCAGCAGCAACAGUAUCCGCAACAGCAGCAGCAGCAGUUUCAGCAGCAGCAGCAGCAGCAGCAGCAGCAGCAGCAGCAGCAGCAGCAGCAGCAGCAGCAGCAGCAACAGUAUCCGCAACAGCAGCAGCAGCAGUUUCAGCAGCAGCAGCAGCAGCAGCAGCAGCAGCAGCAGCAGCAGCAGCAGCAGCAGCAGCAGCAGCAGCAGCAGCAGCAGCAGCAGCAGCAGUAUCAGCAACCGCAGUAUGGCCAAGGUAUGCAGGGUACCAUGCAGAGUGGCACACCUGGGGGCUUGCAACCCGGACCUCUUGGACCUGCAUACGGCCGUGGUCAGCCUGCUGGUGCUCCAAUGCCAGGUCAGCCUGGCGCCAUGCCAGGUCAGCCUGGUACGAUGCCAGGUCAGCCUGGCGCCAUGCCAGGUCAGCCUAGGCAGAUGCCAGGUCAGCCUGGGUCAAUGCCAGGUCAGCCUGCAUCCGGGCCUUCCUGGCAGCCUGAUUCUGCCAAGCCUGCAGCAGAGAAGGAUCCGUUUGCGGAUUUCGGCGUGCUUGGGGGUAAGAAGAGUGCCGGCCAGACCCAGAGUGGCGCCAAGGGUGAUGCCGCCCAAAGUGUUGUCACGGGUGCUGCCGCGCAGACGUCUGCUGCACAGCCGCAGCAAUACCAGCAGCAGAUGAUGCAGCGACAGCAGCAGAUGCAGCAGCAGCAGCAGAUGCAGCAGCAGCAGCAGAUGCAGCAGCAGCAGCAAAUGCAACAGCAGCAGCAAAUGCAGCAGCAGCAGCACAUGCAACAGCAGCAGCAGAUGCAGCGACAGCAGCAGAUGCAGCAGCAGCAGGCAGCGUUGGGAGGGAUGGGAGGGAUGGGAGGGGUGAUGGGAACAGCAGGACCUUCGGCUUUUGGACCUUCCGCUUUCUCCGCCUCCUCUCAACCCCCUCCUCCCCAGCAAAUCGCCUCCCGUCCCGCUCCGCCCACUUCCACUCUACCCAAAUCCGCGGACGCAGCAGCAGCAGCAGCUCUGGAUGCGUUUGUGAUGAAAGACGUGGCUGUAGUGCCUGCUGUUGCUGCUGCGUCUUCGGCUGUGGUUGCAGCAGGGGGAGGGCAAGCAGCAGAAGGAGCAGCAGGGGCAGCAGGGCAAGGGGCAGGACCAGCAGGAGCGGCGCAGGGGCAGGAGGGCGAGGGGUUUCUGAUGGUCCCGGGAGAUCCCCAGCCAUGGCCGAGAAUGAGUGUGGUGGAGGCACAGCGGUAUGCGCAGGUGUUUGUGGGCGUGGAUGGGGACAGGGAUGGCAAUAUCACCGGUAAGGAGGCGAGGAAGUUGCUAAUGGCGUCUCAGGUGCCAAUUGAUGUACUCAAGCAGGUAUGGGACCUCUCAGAUGAGGACAAGGACGGCAACUUGACCCUCCGCGAGUUCUGCACCGCAUCCUACCUCAUCGAGCGCUACAAGUCGGGACGAAAGCUGCCGCCCAUGCUGCCACGUGGCUUCCACGUGGACGAACCGGUGCAGGACCAGCGCACGGCCAUCGCUGCGAAACGAUUGGCUGAGGCGCAGGCGGCGCUGACUCAGCACACGCAGGGGGUGAACGUGCCAACGUGGCAGCGCGAUCCAGGUGUCCUGGUCUCUCCAACGAAAGGUGCACCCAGAAAGGACGCUGCGAUGGAUCAGAAGAAAAAGGCAGUGUUUUUCCGUGACAAAAUGCAGGAGAUUGUCAUGUUCAAGAGUCGCUGUGACCUCCGCCUUGCUGACGUCUCUGAACAGGCUGACGUGGAGAAAAAGGAGGUGAGCAUGCUGACGUGGAGAAAAAGGAGGUGA